AGUCAUUCGUGGACUUCAAUAUUAGCUUGAACAUAAGUGCUGUUGCAAAUUAAUAUAAAAAAGUUAUAAUAUAUCUAAGUGAUAAUUUAUUAUGUGUUUAUUGUGAAAUUUAAGACAAAUAGGUGAUGGCGGCCAGAAAGUCAGAAUACAAGGGUAUCCCAGAUGACAGCGACAUUUCAGACUCGGAGUUUCACCAUCUUUAUGAUGACAAUGACGAAUUAGAUGAACGGACUACUCAAGAAACGAAAGGAUGGAAUCUAUUCCGAGAUGUUCCUGUCAAAAAGGAGUCUGGGUCUAUGGCAUCGACAGAAUGGGUGGACUCCAGCGUGAAAUUUCUGAAAUUCAUUGCAUAUAUUACGGUAUUUUCAGCAGUUUUAGGUUCAGCUGUUUUAGCCAAGGGAACAAUGCUUUUUAUGAGUUCACAAUUAAAAAAAGGUCGUCAAAUUCCACAUUGUAAUAGCGCACUAGCAUUGGAUAGACAGUUUAUAACGGUUCUCACAUUGAAGGAGCGGAUAACAUGGCUUUGGGCGAUAGUAAUUAUAUUUUCCAUUCCGGAGUUAGGGAUGUUUUUGAGAUCAUUGCGUAUAUGCUUCUUCAAGACCGCUAAGAAACCAAGCCCAGGAAUAUUCUUGACGGCUUUUCUUAUAGAAACAUUACAUACAAUAGGCGUAGCAACGCUAAUCCUCAUCAUAUUACCAGAACUAGAUGUGGUGAAAGGAGCGAUGUUAAUGAACGCCUUAUGCGUAGUACCAGGAAUCUUGAAUAUUUUUACCAGAGAUACAACAAAUUCUAAAUAUUACUUAAUUCUUCUUCUGGAUAUUUUGUCGGUGUCUGCUCAAGUUACAGCGUUUGUUGUUUGGCCUUUGUUGGAUGGUACUUCGGCAUUGUGGACGAUUCCUAUGGCUACCACUUGCAUAUCAUUAACCUGGUGGGAAAAUUUUAUCGGCCAUAUUGAUAGACAAUCUUCGGUAUUCUUUUUAUACCUCUGUGAUAUACGCGAUGAACUUAAAAAGACCCGAUACUACACGCAUAGAGUGUUGUCUAUUUGGAAAAUCAUAGUAUUUAUGAUAUGUAUAAUGGUAUCUAUGGAGUUGCAAGGUGAUGAUUCGACGAAAUUCUUUUCAUGGGCUGCUGAGGCUUUCGGACAGCGAGAGUACUACGUGCAUGAGAUACAAGCGAUACUACAAAAUAACGUGGUUGACCUAGACCACACGAUAAUUGAGGGCAGCUUUAGGCUGCCUGCAAAUGCGGUGUCAUCAUUAUGGGUCGCAGUCAUACAAAUUGGGGCGGCGUAUGUCUGUUUUGCCUGCUGCAAAUUUGCCUGCAAAAUCCUUAUUCAACAGUUCAGUUUUACGUUCUCUCUGAGUCUGGUUGGACCAGUGCUGGUUAAUAUACUCAUAUAUGUUUGUGGUAUGCGGAAUGCUAAUCCGUGUGCGUAUCAUGGAACGAUACCAGAUUACUUGAGCUUUACUAUUCCUCCAGUAUACUUCUUACAACACUACAUUGGUCGUGAAAUGACUUGGAUUUGGUUAGUAUGGCUCGCAUCUCAAGCUUGGAUCACCAUACAUACAUGGACGCCUCGUUGCGAGCGUCUUGCCGCUACCGACAAACUAUUUGCGAAGCCCUGGUAUUCCGGAUUAUUGAUCGAUCAGUCGAUGCUCAUGAAUAGAACGAGGGAUGAUGAUGCCGAUAUACCAGUAGAAGAUAUACUAGACAUGAAAGAUGACACCUCGGUUACAAGUUCUGUUGAACCUCGAGAUGUUAAACCUUCAGAUAACGUUACAAGAGUGUACAUAUGCGCAACUAUGUGGCACGAAACAAGGGAAGAGAUGUUGGGCUUUCUUAAAUCCAUACUUCGAUUGGACGAAGAUCAAAGUGCACGUAGGGUUGCCCAAAAAUAUCUUGGUAUUAUCGAUCCUGAUUAUUAUGAGCUUGAAACCCACAUUUACUUGGACGAUGCAUUCGAAGUGUCAGAUCACAGUGCUGAAGAUUCACAAGUAAAUCGAUUCGUGAAAACCCUAGUUGAAACAAUAGAUGAGUCGGCCUCAGAAGUGCAUUUGACGAAUAUAAGGCUUCGGCCACCGAAGAAAUUCCCGACACCGUACGGUGGAAGGUUAGUCUGGACACUGCCUGGGAAGAAUAAAAUGAUUUGCCACUUGAAGGAUAAAUCGAAAAUUAGGCAUAAGAAGAGAUGGUCUCAGGUUAUGUACAUGUACUAUUUGCUGGGCCACCGUUUGAUGGACCUACCACUCUCAGUGGACCGUAAGGAAGUGAUAGCAGAAAACAGUUACCUGCUAGCGUUAGAUGGUGACAUUGAUUUUAAACCUAGUGCGUUGACUUUGCUUAUCGAUUUGAUGAAGAAAGAUAAGAAUUUAGGAGCUGCCUGUGGACGUAUCCAUCCUGUUGGAUCCGGUUUCAUGGCUUGGUACCAAAUAUUUGAGUACGCGAUUGGUCACUGGCUUCAAAAGGCCACUGAACAUAUGAUUGGGUGUGUUCUCUGUAGUCCUGGCUGCUUUUCACUGUUCCGAGGAAAGGCUUUGAUGGACGAUAAUAUUAUGAAGAAAUACACUCUCACUGCUAGUGAAGCUCGACAUUACGUUCAAUACGAUCAGGGUGAAGAUCGAUGGCUGUGUACCUUACUCCUUCAACGGGGCUACCGUGUGGAAUAUUCCGCGGCAUCCGAUGCGUACACUCACUGUCCUGAAAGAUUCGACGAGUUCUUUAACCAACGGAGACGUUGGGUUCCAUCUACUAUGGCCAAUAUUUUGGAUCUGUUGACCGAUGCCAAACACACUGUUAAGGCCAAUGACAACAUAUCAAUGCUAUAUAUUGCCUAUCAGAUAAUGUUAAUGGCCGGUACAGUUUUGGGUCCUGGAACCAUAUUUCUGAUGAUGAUUGGAGCCAUAAAUGCCAUCACUGGACUUAGUAAUAUAAAUGCGUUGAUUCUAAAUGCAGUACCUGUUUUCGCGUUCAUCAUUAUUUGUAUGACCUGCGAUUCUAAAGUACAAAUUCAAUUCGCAAACAUAAUAACAUGUUUAUACGCUAUGGUAAUGAUGUUUGUGAUAGUCGGGAUAGCGUUACAAAUAGUCGAGGAUGGGUGGCUCGCACCCACCAGUAUAUUCUUUGUGGCAACAUUCGGGCUGUUUUUCGUAACGGGUGCGUUACAUCCACAAGAAAUUUCCUGUUUACUGUACAUCGGCAUCUACUACAUAACUAUUCCAAGCAUGUACAUGUUGCUUAUAAUAUACUCACUAUGUAACCUUAAUAACGUAUCUUGGGGUACAAGAGAAGUUGCGGUUAAGAAGACUUUGAAGGACUUGGAAUUAGAGAAGAAGGCAAGCGAAGAGGCAAAUAAGAAAAUGGACACCCAGAGUAAAAUGAGCUGGUUCGGUAAAUCUGAAGAAACGAGUGGUUCUAUAGAGUUUAGCAUUUCUGGACUCUUCCGUUGCCUGUGUUGUACGAACCCCAAGGAAUACCAGGAAGAUUUGCAUCUACUAAAGAUCUCUAGCGCGCUGGAAAAGAUUGAGAAAAGACUUGAUAAUUUAGGCGCCCCACAAGAAAUACCUGAGCCCCGAGCUCGUCGCCGUUCAUCAAUGGGUAUACGUAAUGACACACUAUCAAUGUUACCCGAAUAUGAAGACAGUGAAGACUCCGUUGAAAUACCACGGGAGGAGCGAGAUGAUCUAAUAAACCCAUAUUGGAUAGAAGACCCGAAUUUGCAAAAAGGAGAAGUUGAUUUUCUAACGACGGCUGAAACCGAAUUUUGGAAGGAUUUAAUUGACGCCUACUUAAGGCCUAUUGAUGAGAACAAAGCAGAACAGGACAGAAUCAAAACUGAAUUGAAGAACUUGCGUGACAACAUGGUGUUUGCCUUUUUGAUGCUGAACGCGCUGUUCGUUGUAGUAGUAUUCAUACUGCAACUCAAUCAAAACGAAUUGCAUAUCAAAUGGCCUUUUGGACAGAAGAUAAAGAUUGAAUAUAAUAAGGAUAAUAAUUUGGUGCAAAUCGACCGCGAAUUCCUUAUGUUAGAGCCUAUUGGAUCCGUUUUCAUUAUUUUCUUCGGUCUGGUGAUGGUAAUUCAAUUUAUUGGCAUGUUGUUCCAUCGCAUGGGGACUCUUACUCAUUUGCUGUCUACGGCGCAACUAAACUGGUACUUCACCAAAAAGCCCCACGAAAUGACGGGCGAUGCCCUUUUCGAGAAACGUGCUGUCGAAAUAGCCAAGGACCUGCAAAAAUUAAACGUCGAUGAUUUAGAAAAACGAGGUGUGGAUGUGUCCACUGUAUCCCGAAGAAAGACUUUACACAACCUCGAAAAAGCCAGGGAUAAUAAACACAGCGUUGUCAAUUUGGAUGCCAAUUUUAAACGUCGCCUUACUAUACUUCAAAACAGUGACAACAAUACUCUGACUCGACUUCCAUCCCUGGGCGGUGAUGUGGCGACACGCCGAGCAACUUUACGCGCGCUCAUGACACGGCGAGACUCGGUACUCGCUGACCGACGGCGGUCUCAACUCCAGCGGGAUUCUACUUCUGGAUACCUUUAUGAUGAACCGCUUGUUGAUCUCGGAUCAGUCGGUAGGACGUCUUACAUGAACAAAGGCUAUGAACCCGCGAUGGACAGCGACGAGGAACACUCUCCGCCACCACGACGUAGUACUGUUCGGUUUAGGGACCGAGAAAGUUACAUGUGAUUUUAUAAUUAUGUUUUUAAUAAAUAUUUUGGC